AUGUUUUCCUUCACCGUUUGCCAAUGGUGUCUAAAUAAUCUAGAAAGUACAUUUAAUUCGGAAAAAGUCACGACUGUCCAGCCCGAAGAAGCCGUAGCCUACUGCAACACCCAAGAUUCAUCCUGCGUCUUUGUUGAAACAUCAGCGAAAAAGAACUUCCACGUCGACGAUCUCUUUUAUGAACUCUUCGUGGUCGCGAACCUACCUUUAGAAAUGGCCCCAAACCACCAUAAAAGGGUCAGUACUGCAUUCGGCAGCCCUUGCACUUUACCCCCAACCAGUAGCCAAAGUAAUAGGAGUAAGAAAUGUACCCUUUCCAUCAAGAGAAGAUUAUCAGACGCUUGUGGAGUAGUAGCUCCAAAUGUUAGAAGGCCCAGCAUCAGAACUGACCUAAUGAUAAUGAGAACAAAGACUUGUGCCAAAGGAGACACGGACAGUACGAGCGGGAGCCCGAAGAUAACCUUGAACCGGCUUGGUGUGUCCACAUCUGGCGAAUGCGCAGCUCGCGAGCCGUACGCGAACCGCUCGCAAGCUGCGCGCGUGCAAUUAGGCAACGAAAAGUGUGGAUUGAAAGAUGAUGUAGUGACAAGGAUUAAAAAGCGAAUGUUACGCUGGUUUGGACAUGUAGAAAGGAUGGAUGAAAGUAGAGUAACGAAAGAAGUAUACAGAGCGGAUAUAAAUGGGGCUGUCUGUAGAGGGCGUCCUAGACGGACAUAUAGUGACCAGAUUGGCGAUAUAUUAAUAAAAUCUAUUGUUUCUGAUUAG